UAAGCGCCAUUUUCUUCAACUGGCUCAUAUUUGUGUUUGUUUGAUGCUCAGUCUCUUCCAUAAUUGAAUUCAAUAUACUGAUAUGCAAGAUGUGUUUAGCAUUGUGCAAGCAUAAAGAUGUUUUAAAUUGUAUUAUUGUUGUUGCUCAGGCACGUUUAGUCACAAGGAGAAAAGUAUCUGGUCCUUCAUCUUUAGUAGCUGGAUGUGGCGUUUUGUCGCACACAGAAAUAGUACAGAGUGCGGGCACUCGGCUAGAAAAACCAUCCUCCAUUUAUGGCCGCGCUACUUUAAAUUCUCUUUAAUUAUAGAUUAAAGUGUGACGAGACUGCAGCUUGACGUCAGCUCACUUUUGGUCUUAAAGCACAAACUGGAGGUUUUCUCCCCGGCAAACCCCCCCUCCCCCAGCCCACCAUUUUGUCAGUUUCACUUCAUUCCGAGGAAGCACGCCAACGAAGAGGGGCGGAGGUGAAGCACGAGAGGGCACGCCGAUUCCAAACGUGUCAAGCCAGGAGCCUCUGUAAAUGAAUCUUGUUGGUUUAUAAACCAGUUCCAGCACAACUGACCUGCUUCGUUUAAAACCUCCCUUUCCAGUUUGUUGGGGGUACUUCUUACCUGAGUUUGUUCUCGCCAGUAAUCGUGUUCUUUCACCCGCAAUUAACUCAUUCAAUCCCAGCCACUCUUCAAAAGACAACCCCUUCACUAGCGGCCAUUUUAGACGAGCUCGCCUGAUCUUUCAAGGCACGCAGAAUAUUGUCUCGUAUGGUGAUAUAAACAUGGAACCUACCAAAAGAAAGAGUAGAUCGCUAUAAUGUGUAGAUAUUUCAGGUGGAAGACAGGAGUCUUCUCAUCAGGAAAAAAAAAGUUAGUUUGUUUCAGGAAAAUCGCAGUUCCUGACUAGAAAGGGAGAAAGCAGCGUUUUGUGAAAAGAUACACUUCAAGCAUAACUUUCUUUUUUUUUUUUUUUUUUUGCACUUUAAUCGCUUUAUUAACAGCAGUUUAUGAACCUAGUAGUUCUUCAAGCAUAACUUUCACUUUGACGAAUAGUUUUUGCUUUUGUGACUCUUGUGAUCUAAACAACUGUACCAACAUCAAAAUAACAAUUUAUUUACAGAUAUAGCACCAUGGACCAUUUACCAUUUUCACAUUUGGAACUGAACUAUGUGUGUGCACGUGUGUGCACGCAUGCAUGUGUUGAAAUGCAAAAGCAAAAGUGUGAACGCAGCCUUACUGUUGCCAACUUAUUGUUGUCCGAGUCAGACAGAGAUGUUUCCCAUUUCUCUAUGCUACUGCUCCCUGAACCCCCCCAACAUAUACAAGGUUUGCUUCGUGGCGUUGAGUUUGUCAGGUUCCACCGUAACAGGAAGUGCUCAUCCUGCUAUCGCCACCUGUUGUGUUGUCACAAACGUUGCCACAGUCCGCCUGCUCACACAACAGGUUAGUUGCACAAGUGGCGUUAACACAACACAGCAAACUGUCUGUGUCUUUUUGCGAGACAUCCAAACGACUGAGGAAGCAGCUCUAAUUCAAGGGCCCCCCCCCUCGCCGAUUGUCGAGGGACUCUGUGCGAUGUAGGCCAGUACCAGCCCAUGAUACAGAACACUUUGUGUCUUGUACAGCUGCGGGUAUUCUCGCAGAACAAUGAGCCUUUGCCGAUCCACAACAGCUCCUGAGGAUCAGGCCUCAGUUGACUGCCAGUACAGGAGCUUCUGAUAUGGGCUCUUCAUGCUGUGCCACUCACCGAGUGUUGGGGGAACCAGGAUGGAGCUGAAAGGUGAAGAAAGAAGAGUAGACAGCAGGACGAUCUAUAUCGGUCAUCGACCACCUUCUGCCAGUGAGCCUUUCACUCCGCCAAAGUUUUGUGACAACAGAAUCGUGUCAUCCAAGUAUACCGUGUGGAACUUUUUACCAAAGAACCUGUUUGAACAGUUCAGAAGAAUUGCCAAUUUCUACUUCCUUAUCAUCUUCCUGGUGCAGGUGAUAGUGGACACCCCCACCAGCCCAGUCACCAGUGGCCUACCCUUAUGUUUUGUGAUUACAGUGACAGCCAUCAAGCAGGGCUACGAGGACUGGCUGCGGCACAAAGCCGACAACGAGGUGAACAAGUACCCGGUGUUGGUGCUGGAAAAAGGUCGGAGGCUACGGAAGGACAGCGAGAAGAUCAAGGUGGGAGAUGUUUUGCAGGUGGAGGAAGAUGAGACCUUUCCCUGUGAUUUAAUCCUGCUCCAAUCCAGCAGAGAUGACAACACCUGUUUUGUUACCACUGCUAGUCUGGAUGGAGAGUCCAACCACAAAACACAUUACACUGUUCCAGACAUCGAGGAUCUGGAGUCCCUCAGUGCCACCAUUGAGUGUGAGCAGCCCCAGCCUGACCUUUAUAAGUUUGUGGGCCGCAUGCACAUCUACAAAAGCAAUCAGGAGACUGCAGUGAGGUCUUUGGGUCCUGAGAACUUGCUGCUAAAAGGGGCAACUUUAAAGAAUACUCAGAAGGUGUCCGGUGUUGCUGUUUACACUGGCAUGGAGACCAAAAUGGCUCUCAACUAUCAGGGCAAGUCUCAGAAACGUUCGGCAGUGGAGAAGUCCAUCAAUGCCUUCCUUUUGGUUUACCUUUGCAUACUGGUGAGCAAGGCACUGGUGUGCACGACACUCAAGUAUAUUUGGCAAAACACGCCAGGGCAGGAUGAGCCUUGGUACAACCAGAAAACCCAGAAAGAGAAGGACACCAACCUGUACCUAAAGAUGUUCACUGACUUCCUGUCAUUCAUGGUGCUCUUCAAUUUCAUCAUUCCCGUGUCCAUGUAUGUGACGGUUGAGAUGCAAAAGUUUUUGGGAUCCUUCUUCAUCGGCUGGGACAAGGACUUUUUUGACCCAGAAAUCCAGGAAGGGGCACUGGUCAACACCUCCGACCUCAAUGAGGAACUAGGACAGGUGGAGUACGUGUUCACAGACAAGACGGGUACCCUCACUCAGAACAACAUGGAGUUCAUCGAGUGCUGCAUCGAUGGAAUCCAGUACAAGCACCGCCAUGCAGGCUCCCAGGUGGACGGAUUGGGUGUCACAGAUGGGCCCGUGAGCGGAAUGAAGCAAAAAGCUGGCAAGGAUCGUGAGGAGCUGUUCCUACGUGCCCUUUGCCUGUGCCACACGGUCCAGGUGAAGGAGUCCCCGGAGCAGGGUCAUCCACAAGGCAACAGACUGGCUGACCAGGUGGAUUGCCUGCAAAUGGACGGGGAGGGUCCGGAGCAACCUGGCGACCAGAUGGGCUUCAUCGCAUCCUCGCCUGACGAGGUCGCUCUGGUCAAGGGUGCCAUGAGGUAUGGCUUCACAUUUCUGGGUCUGGAAAGUAAAGCCAUGAAAAUCCUCAACAACAGCAAUGAAAUUGAAGUCUAUGAGCUCCUUCACGUGCUGAACUUUGACCCCGUGAGAAGGCGAAUGAGUGUCAUUGUCAAAUGCAAAGCAGGUGAUAUUCUGCUCUUCUCCAAGGGAGCAGACUCCUCCAUUUUCCCCCGUGUCAAGCUGGAGGAGGUGGAAAGGAUACGUGUGCAUGUGGACCGGAAUGCAAGGGAGGGCUACAGAACGUUGUGUGUGGCCUACAAACGCCUCAGCCAGGAGGAGUACGCCCAGGCGGACGCGGGACUGAGGGAAGCGAGGCUGGCGCUGCAGGACAGAGAGGAGAAGCUCAUGGCCGUUUAUAACGAGGUGGAGACCGGCAUGAGCCUCAUCGGCGCGACUGCCGUCGAAGAUCGGCUUCAGGAGGAGGCCGCAGAGACGAUGGAGGCACUGCAAGGGGCCGGCAUCAAGAUCUGGGUCUUGACGGGGGACAAAAUGGAGACGGCAAAGUCCACCUGUUUUGCCUGUCGACUGUUUCAGAGGAGCACGGAGCUGUUGGAGCUGACGGUGCGCGCUCUCGAAGAAGGAGGUCGAAAGCGUGAGGAGCGGCUGCACGAGCUCUUGUUGGAGUAUCACAAGAAAGCCGUGCAGGAGGCGCCGCUCUGUGAGGCCACCAGCAGCAGGAGCUGGUCAGUUCCCAACCACGACUAUGGUUUUAUUAUUGAUGGAGCCACUCUGUCAAUGGUGCUCAACUCCACUGAUUCCAACUCCAGCCACUACAGGAACCUCUUCCUGCAGAUAUGUCAGAACUGCACCGCUGUGCUCUGCUGCCGCAUGGCUCCGUUACAAAAGGCCCAGAUAGUGAAGCUGGUGAAGAACUCCAAAGGCAACCCCAUCACCCUCUCUAUUGGAGAUGGCGCUAAUGACGUCAGCAUGAUUUUGGAAGCUCAUGUUGGCAUUGGCAUCAAGGGUAAAGAAGGUCGUCAGGCGGUGAGGAACAGCGACUACGCCAUUCCCAAACUCAAACACCUAAAAAAGCUCCUGCUGGCACACGGACAUCUGUACUACGUCCGCAUUGCUCACCUGGUGCAGUACUUCUUUUACAAGAACCUUUGCUUCAUCUUACCUCAGUUUUUGUACCAGUUCUUCUGUGGAUAUUCCCAGCAGCCCCUCUUUGAUGCAGCCUAUCUGACGAUGUACAACAUCUGCUUCACCUCUAUGCCCAUCCUGGCUUACAGCCUGUUGGAGCAGCACAUCUGCAUGGAGGCUCUGCUGAGCAACGCCCCCCUCUACAGGGAGAUUCGCAAGAACGCCAUGUUGCGAUGGAGACCCUUCCUCUACUGGACCUUACUUGGAGUAUUCCACGGUUUAUGGAAACUGGUCGUACGGCACAAUCAUCUUCACUGUCCUGGUCUUCACUGUCACGCUGAAGCUUGCUCUGGACACACGCCACUGGACAUGGAUCAACCACUUUGUAAUAUGGGGGUCUCUUGCUUUUUACAUGCUUUUCAGCUUCUUCUGGGGAGGAAUCAUAUGGCCCUUCCUUCGCCAGCAGCGUUUGUAUUUUGUGUUUGCCACCAUGCUGAGCUCCGUGUCGGCCUGGCUGGUCAUCAUCCUGCUGGUGGUGCUCAGCCUGCUGCCCGAGAUCCUUCUGGCCUUGUUGCGCAAGCCCAGCAAGCCCUUUGCUCAGCAGAAGAAGCGGGUUCAGUCGAACGCGGGGGGCCUCCCGUCUCCCCGGUCGUCAGCCAGGCCGCUGCUCAUGAGAACCUUUUCAGACGAGUGCAGUACUGUCGUGUAAACAAGCUGCCAGAGGCUGACCUCCAGUGGGCACCCAGCUCCUGGCGCGCCAGUGAAGAGCAGAAAGGACUCACGGCGACGGAGGCGACCGCAUUCAGGGUUCCGUGCCAAUCAGGUCAGACGUGCCUGAUCGUCACGAAGGAGGCGAAGCAGCUGUUGUGACUCUGGGUUUGACAUAAAGGCUUUUUUUCCGUCCGAACGACACUCCUUCCUCACACCGCCCACGCAUGCCUGCACAGCAGUGCCCUGCAUUGCUAGAUUUUUUUAAAAUGUAAAAAAAAAACCUACUCAGAUGACUUUUACCUACAAACAAAUGCAUACACAGCUGCCUUGUACGAAGCUGACUGCUGUGUUUUAACAAGCAGUUUCAACGUCCACUCCAGCUGCACGGGGGGGGGGAGAAAGUUCACUGAGGUUUUUAAAGGAAAAGUGCACUUUUAUUGGGGAAUUUUGCCCAUCAUCCACAAUCCUUACGUGGGUGGAUGUAAUCAUGUUAAUAACACUAAUAAUAAUAAUAAUAAUAAUAAUGGCGCUGUAGCUUGGUUAUAUGCAGGUCAUAUUAGGGAAAUGGAGCAUGUUGGCGCUUUUUGGAGGUUUUUUUCAGCAGGUGGAAUAGGUGUGUCCCAUUAGGUGUAGUAUUAGCUCUUUUUAGCUGUUCUCAUAUCUUUAGAACACAGAGAGGACAGAAAGACGUGUGUGUUCAUGUCUCACAUAAGGAUUGUGGAGCAUGGGCAAAAUUCCAAAAGAAGAAAAGUGGACUUUCCCUUUAAGACGACAUGCUAGUCCGAGGUCUGAUGAAUGAUUAUUUUAUGUUGUUUUCCAUCGUUUGUCUUUUAACGUUGAACACAAGCCUCAAUUGUUACAGAACCAAACUCAUCGAGGGAUGCUCCGAUCCAGGUUUUCAUGCUGCGAUACCGAUCACAUGGCUUAACUGUAGAUUUUUCUUGGCCUGGGCUGCCAUUACACAAUUCCAAGGGCCCCUGGCAAAUUAACUAUUGGGCAGAUUGUUGGUUUUUUUGCCUUUAUUUGUGUGAAAGGAUUUGUACUAUUUGAUGCAAACCUGAAUUUAAUUUGAUGCGUGUUUCGGAGUAAUACCAAUACAUUGUUCAAUCAUUAAUUUUAUUAGUUCCAAAUUACCAUGGAGUAUGAGGGCCACGUAAAAAAAAAAUAAUCUGACAUUUUCCAGAAUAAAGUCGUAAAAGCACAAGAAUAAAGUAGUAAAUCUACAAGAAAAAAGUCAUAAAUUGACGAGAAAAUUGUAAUAUUACAAGAAUAAAGUCGUAAAAUUUCCAAAGUUGUAGAGAAUAAAGUAGCAAAUCUACGAGAAACAAGUCGUACAUUUAUGAGAAAAGUCAUAUUAAGAGAAUAAAGGAAUACAUAAGAAAAAAAAAGUUGUACAUUUACAAGUCGAAGCAAAUAUUCUUUGAGCCUUUGGUGAGCUGGCAAGCCAGGAGACCCCUGUGAUGGCAUCACCAUCAUAAGGAGACCCCUGUGAUGGCAUCACCACCAUAAGGAGACCCCUGUGAUGGCAUCACCAUCAUAAGGAGACCACUGUGAUGGCAUCACCAUCAUAAGGAGACCCCUGUGAUGGCAUCACCAUCAUAAGGAGACCCCUGUGAUGGCAUCGCAGUCAUAAGGAGACCCCUGUGAUGGCAUCGGCGUCAUAAGGAGACCCCUGUGAUGGCAUCACCAUCAUAAGGAGACCCCUGUGAUGGCAUCACCAUCAUAAGGAGACCCCUGUGAUGGCAUCGGCGUCAUAAGGAGACCCCUGUGAUGGCAUCACCAUCAUAAGGAGACCCCUGUGAUGGCAUCGGCGUCAUAAGGAGACCCCUGUGAUGGCAUCGGCGUCAUAAGGAGACCCCUGUGAUGGCAUCACCAUCAUAAGGAGACCCCUGUGAUGGCAUCGGCGUCAUAAGGAGACCCCUGUGAUGGCAUCGGCGUCAUAAGGAGACCCCUGUGAUGGCAUCGCUGUCAUAAGGCUUUAUGGUCAUCGAACAAGCACACAAAUAGUGUUUGAAGGACAAGACAUUAUUAGCAUCAUGACAACAAAGACAAAAUAGUUGAGUGACAUUUCAAAAAGUUAGAACGUACCCCAUGAAUGUGAUGUCCACUUUGCCGUUGAACAAAAAUGAGCUCCCAACUCACCGUAUUGCUAUUUUUAGAAACAAAAUGUCACUUUAGCAAAAUGUCCCAUUUGGAGUCGGAAGACCAGAAGCUAGGCGCAUAACUAGCUGGCUAGCUAGCUGCCGCCAGUAACAGCUCGGCAAAAUGUGUAAAGAAAGAUGCAAGAAAAGUGGAACAGCAGUAGGUCUGAUAAAGGAGUGAUCAAGCAUGCUGGCAUGGAUUGGUGUAGUCUGUCAACAUGGCAAACUGAAACCACUGAAGUUUGCAGACUAGUUUGGAUUCUCACGGCAGUACGGGACAAAGUGCGUCCCUUGUCGGCUCGAUACGGGUGUUGGCAAGCCUACGGGCCGCAGCACACAUGCAGGGUUUGUCGCUGCACGCGUGGGUGUUUGUGAACAGCUUUGAAAGGCAUUUAUCGGCAUAUGCCCAUCACGCGUUUUUGACAGAAAUCGUCCGAUCAAUUGGAGCAUCCCUAGUUUCAUCUUACUGUUUCUACAGAAUGUAUGUCGACCUCUGAGUGCAAAACGUGUGUUUGUGUGAGGGUCACGCAAUAGAUGAGUGAUGUUGGGGCACUGUGACUACGCUCAUAGCGUCACCUAAACAGCUGAGUGACAAUGAGAGUCUAAUUAAGAUGAUAUGCUGUGUGUGUGGUGUACUGUAUUUAAAAAGCCAAAAAGGUCAUGGAUGUUAUGUUCAAAUAUGUGUGAACCACACACAAACGUUUGUGUGAAUAUGCCAUUUUCCCUGUGUUCUCAGCAGAAUUGAGUUGGCAGCUUUUUUCCCAGUGCCAGUCAAAGGUUUGGAGACAUUUCCUCAUUCAAUAGCACGAUAAUGUGCCUCUAAACUUCUGGACUUGGUGCCGUGUAUUCAUUUGAGCUGGAGUACUUCUGGAUGUCGAGCCCAACAACAAGAAUCUGCAAACAUGGCAGACAGGCAUGUAUUUGACCCGUGUAUGGCCCAUGAUGGCCUUUAAUCCGGCCCACCGUGCAAGCAGAAAAACAAAAAUAAAACCUCAAGACUUGUUUGAAAAAGGAACACAGUACCAGUCAAACGUUUUGACAAACCUUGUCACUCAAUAGCAUGAGCACGUGUCCCCAGACGUAGACGGGGACGUCUGACUGGUGUAUUUUGAUAUAAACAGUCUGGCCGUGGAGGUCUUGUUGCUGCGGCUCGUUCUAUGAGAGCCAGCUCAGUUCCUAUGAGAAGCGUCUAGUGUGAUACGCUUGGAGCACUCCUGCACUAUUAAGGAAUCUAAAUAGUGUCAAAAGUCACAAUGCGCACAAUAACCACACACACACACACACACACACAAUGCACUAAAGUGUAUCCAUGCAUCCUAUUUAUAGCACUUGUGACCUGAAGAUGCGUCUAAUGUCAUAUGAGGCCCACUGAGGCGGUUCUUCCUGUGUUCCAUAAUCAUUCCAUUGAAUCAUGAAACAAGUAUAUUGUUUGACAUAUUUAUCAAGUCAUUUUACUCACAAAUGUUCUUUGAAUUAGCGCGGUAGCCUGUGUUGAUGUCACACACAUAAAGGAAGGCUUUACUUUGGAAGAUGUGACCUCCAGGCUGCACUGAGCUUGCAAAAGAAGACUGCUUUGUUCUCAAACCUUUAAGUGCAUCAGUGAUGCUUCCUGGAGUCUAACGUCUUUGCUUGUCCAAAAAGAGAAAAAGCCACAAGAGUGGAUUGUAUUUCUAACCUUUUUUCCAGCUACUUGUUUUUCUAAGAAAAAGAAAAUAUACCAAAAACCAAGAGGGUUCCUGUACGGGACACUAUACCAUCUCGAGGCCCUUUUGUUGACUCGCCAGCCUCUCAGCUGAAUGUAUUGAAAUUCUAUUUAAAUUUUCUGUAAUAAUAAAAAACAUUUUGAGGAAA